GUACGCCGGCCGCCCGUGUCUCCUGGCUCACUCGCGCGCACACCGCCGCGCCGUCAACACGUGAGCGCUUCCCUGUUGCCAUGGAGACGCCCAACAGAUCCCCGGCGAUGCUUAGUUGCGUCGCCUUCGCUUUGCUUUGCAUCUCGCUAUGUAAUGGAGCCUAUUACAUCACCACCCCGCGACAGUGGCAGGCGGGAGAGGAGAACCAAGUGUGCGUCUACGUCCCCAACCCGGCGUCUCCUGAAGGCAGCGUCACCCUGAGCAUGACUUCGAGGAGCUACAGGAGCGGCGAACGGGUUAAUAACACUCUCCUGGCCGGACACACGAUCCAGAUCCCGGCAGGAAAGACAGAGAAAUGUGUGGACAUCAAUCUAGAACCAGCUGAUGACUACGGAGGUGACCUUCAUCUGAUCGGCAAAGUGGGCGGAGCCGACCUGAACGAGACCCGAAACAUCAGGCUGAGGAGGAGCUACAACCUGACCUUCAUCCAGACGGACAAGUACCUGUACCAGCCAGGUCAGGAGGUCAAGUUCAGAGCCCUCACUGUGUACGGGUCCAAGGCUCAGGUCGCUAUGGAGCCGUACCCGGAGAUCUGGGUCACAACGCCAUCCAGAACACGCAUCGCCCAGUGGAAAAACGUCACCACAUCAGUCGGUCUCGUCCACCUGGCCUUCCAGCUGACGGACGAAUCCGAGGAGGGUUCCUACACCAUCCACAUCAGGGGGCCUGACGGCAGGAUGAACACAAACAGAUUCAAGGUCGAGGAGUACGUCUUGCCGCGGUUUGAGGUCAAGAUGACGCCGCCAAAAUACGUCUUGGCUUCCGAUGAAACGUUCGUCUUCACCGUCUGUGCAAA